AUAACACAAAACUCGUUUGCCUUACACCUGACGGUAUUCACAAGUAGCAGUCACGAUAUUUCUUACUUUUUAGUGUUUUAUGCAAAAGUAAUUAAAAUGGGAAGAAAGGUAACACUGAGCACUUGCUCUCUGAAUCAGUGGUCUUUAGAUUUUGACGGGAAUUGUGCAAGAAUACUUAAAAGCAUUGAGAUAGCGAAGUCAAAAGGAUCGAAGUAUAGACUGGGCCCUGAACUGGAAAUAUGUGGCUAUGGAUGUGCCGAUCACUUCUUGGAGUCGGACACUCAGCUACACUGCUUCCAGGUCCUCAGAGAUCUGCUGGAGUCACCGGUCACUCAGGAUAUAAUCUGCGAUGUUGGCAUGCCUGUGAUGCACCGCAACGUCCGCUACAACUGCAGAGUCAUUUUCCUCAACAAGAAAAUACUGUUGAUUCGCCCUAAAAUGGCUAUGGCAAACAAUGGAAACUACAGAGAGCUCCGAUGGUUUUCCCCCUGGACUAAGCCAAGGCAUGUGGAGGAGUACUUUCUGCCAAGAAGGUUGCAGGUUGUAACAGAACAGGAAUCCGUGCCAUUCGGGGAUGGGGUCCUUGCUACCAAAGAUACCUGUAUUGGCAGUGAGAUUUGUGCUGAGCUGUGGAGUCCCAGAAGUCCUCAUAUAGAUAUGGGCCUGGACGGUGUGGAGAUCUUCACCAACGCCUCUGCCAGCCACCAUGAGCUCCGCAAGGCUGACCAACGGGUGAACCUGAUUACAUCUGCCACAAGCAAGAGCGGGGGGGUCUACAUGCUGGCCAAUCAGAAGGGGUGUGAUGGAGACCGUCUGUAUUACGAUGGCUGCGCCAUGAUUGCUGUGAAUGGGAACAUCACUGCCCAGGGAACACAGUUCUCCCUGGACGAUGUGGACGUGGUCACGGCCACGCUGGACCUGGAAGACGUGCGCAGCUACAGGGGGUAUUACUGCCACCCACAUAUGGAGUACGAAAGCAAGCCGGUUCACAGGUUAAAAGUGAACUUUUCUCUGUCCGAUGCUGAGGACACCUACCUCCCAUCCCAUGAGCCAAUCGAAUGGCGCUUUCACACUGCUGAGGAAGAGAUCAGUCUGGGUCCAGCCUGCUGGCUGUGGGACUACCUGCGCAGGAGUGGGCAGGCUGGCUUCCUGCUGCCUCUGAGUGGAGGUGUGGACAGCUCCUCCACUGCCUGCAUAGUGUUCUCCAUGUGUCAUCUCAUCUGUGAGGCUGUCCAAGCUGGCAAUGCCCAGGUGCUGUCAGAUGUGCAGCGGGUGGUCUCGGACGUCUCCUACUCGCCCCAGGACCCGAGGGAGCUGUGCGGACGCCUCUUCACCACCUGCUACAUGGCCAGCCAGAACUCCUCCCAGGAAACCUGCGCCUGCUCGCGGGAUCUGGCUGCCCAGAUCGGCAGCACUCACAUCAACCUCAACAUUGACAUGGCUGUCAAGGGAAUUCUGGGAAUCUUCUCCGUGGUAACGGGGAAGUGGCCGCAGUUCCGUGCCAAUGGAGGAAGCAGCAGGGAGAACCUGGCUCUACAGAAUGUGCAGGCUCGUAUCAGGAUGGUUCUGGCGUACCUGUUUGCCCAGCUCAGUUUAUGGGCCAGGGGGAAGCCUGGAGGCCUGUUGGUGCUGGGAUCAGCCAAUGUGGAUGAGAGCCUCAUGGGAUACUUCACCAAAUACGACUGCUCCAGCGCUGAUAUCAACCCUAUCGGUGGGAUCAGCAAAUCAGACCUGCAGAGCUUCCUGCAGUACUGUGUGGAUAGAUUCCAGCUCACUGCACUGAAAAGUGUGAUGGCUGCCCCUCCUACGGCUGAACUGGAGCCACUGUGUGAUGGGAAGGUGUCCCAGACAGACGAGGCUGAUAUGGGGAUGACUUACUCAGAGCUGUCUGUGAUUGGUCGGCUGAGGAAGAUCUCCAUGUGUGGCCCGUACAACAUGUUCUGCAAACUCUUACACAUGUGGAGGGAUGCCAUGUCCCCCUCAGAGAUUGCAGCUAAAGUGAAGCGUUUCUUCCGGAUGUACUCGGUGAACAGACACAAGAUGACAACAGUGACCCCUGCCUACCAUGCUGAGAACUACAGCCCAGAUGACAACCGCUUUGACCUUCGGCCCUUCCUGUACAACACAGACUGGUCAUUGCAGUUUAGGUGCAUUGAUAGCGAGGUUUCCCAAGUGGAAGCAGAAAAGGGCACCGGCAACUGAACCAGCCGCUAGCCUACCAAAGUCCCCUGCCCUGCGAAAAGCAACUGUGUGAACAUAUACCUCAGACAUAACAUGUAAUUGGGGAUACUGCAUUUUGAACAGAUAAAAAAAGCCAUAUAGUGCCUUGUAAAAGUAUUAGCCCCAUCCUCAUUCCCUGUAUUGUAUAUUUGUCACACUGAAUGGUUUCAGUUCUUUUAAAAAGGUUAUCAAAAACCCCUGUGGCCCUGUAAAAAAGUAAAUAAAGGCAUACUAUGCAGGAUUUUCACCUUGAAAACAAACAUGCCCAGUCAUUACUUGUACCUGUGUCUGUGUUAACUUCUGCCCAAUACCUGGCUUGUCUGCUUGUAAUUGUUAUUCUAAAAACUGUUCCAAACAUUUCUGGGCCUGGCCCAGUGCUGUGCUGUAUCACAAAAGCAUGUGUCCAAUCGACUGAACUCAUAUGAUCUAAUAGAAGGGGAAGGAAGAGGGCAAGAGGAGACAUGAAUGGAAUGGCUAUUCCAGUGGUGAGCUGGGUUUGCCAGUUAACCCUUGUGCAGCGGACAUAUUUCUGUUACUCGGGACCUUCUCGCGGGUCUGGUGGACCCAUACCAUUAUUGGGGUCUUAAAACAAUACAACAAUUUAUGUAAAAAUACUUCACAGAUGUUGACCUUAUCUUAAUUACAAGCAAUAUAGACCAUAACAUAUAGCAUAUAUGGUUAAUGUGCCAUUUACCCCUGCUAAAUCU